AUGAUGUCUCCGAUGCUUUCCGCACUCAUUCUUGCCACUUUUUCGACUUUUGCCAAUGCGGUGAGCAUUUUUUCAGUUAUUAUUCGAACUUGAUUCCAGUAUUCUGACUUCAUUACCCAUGUAGAAUAGACCAAGUUAAGCCCCUACCCAAUUGUUUCCAAUCCGCUAAUUUCAGUGCGUCGCUUCCGGCACCUGCGGCCUCGGUCCCUGUUUCAGUCCCCUUCCCGCCCUUCCCUCUCCCUGUCUCUCUACCGGAUGCGGUCCCGGACAUGCGUGCGGAUCCUACGGCUGCUACCGUACCAAAGCCCGAGUGCACGCCGCCGGCACCCAUCAAGGACCCAUUCUGUUCGGAGCCGACCGCUUCUCGCAGUUCCGUCGCCAGCCGCCGCCGUCGCAGCAGCAGCCAACGGUGAGUGGGUAUCCGGUUGGUCUGGCCGGCCGUCCGUGUGUGGCUAUCAAACCGUAUAAUCCGAUGAUGCACGGACACGGCUAAUAGCACACAUCUGCCCUCUUUUGACGGUUUCCGCCAAACCGGUUCGUCGUUCGUUGCAGGACCCGAAUGCGUUGUUCAUGCAGUGCUGUGAGCAGCGAGGACUUCCGGACGCCUGCCUUCAGAAGUGCACAUUCAACACGUACACGAAGGAAUCCGUGAGUUAUCCUGUCUCUCAGCCGAAACUACUUCCUUUCGUCUCCAGCUGACCCGAAUGUACUUCCGUCAGGACGCGUGUCCUUUGGCCGCUUCGGCUGAAAUCCAAUUCUGUGCCGCGCAGGGAAGAGACCAUCGAUCCUGUUGCGUCCGAAACGGAGUCACAACCACUCUCGCCGGAGACAAAUGCCUCACUUUCUGCGAUCAACGACCUGGAAAUGUGACCCUCCUCGAUUAUUCGUACGUCUCUUGCUAUGAUCGCUUCGAGAAUAUGAAGUCGUGCUUCUGGCACGACGCUGCUGAAAGAUCUAGAAAACACUAG